CUCGCGGACCUGCCGGAUAAGGUCAAGCUGAAGACUGGGCCUGCUGGAAGGCUGUCAAAGAUUCUCCCCGCCCGCGAGUCGCACGAUAUCACCACGCGUGUAGGGAGCUCAUACGGCGGGAAUCACUCUCUGCAAUGGAUCGAGGAGCCCCGCAACUUGCUUGUGGUGACAAAGCGUUGCGAUGAGGAGGUGAAUGAGAAGUUGAGGGGGCUGGUGAGCCACGUGAAUCAAGCCUACCCCUCAAUGAACAUCGUCAUCGAGGCGCACAAUGCAUCUGCCUUGCAAGAUCAGGAGUACAAGAACCUGGUCAUCCUUCCCAGCACGUCCACCUCAUCCCCAACCUCGGCUUCUCCCCUCUCAAGCAAGAUCGAUCUCAUCCUCACCCUAGGCGGAGACGGUACGAUCCUACACGCCUCGUCCCUCUUCUCCCAUUCUCCUGUCCCGCCCGUCCUCUCCUUCUCCAUGGGAACGCUCGGCUUCCUCCUGCCGUGGCACAUCGACUCCAUGAAGGAGGCACUGCGAGACGUCUUGGGCGGGAAGGUGACCUUGUUGUUGAGAAUGAGGUUGAGCCUGAGUACGCACGAGGGGGAUGGGAGUCUCGUUGCUGCCGAGGGAGGUAAAGGGGGCAGGCCGAGCUGUGAGGUUCAUCUGAUGAAUGAGGUGACUUUGCAUAGGGGCAGCCAGCCUCAUAUGACGACCAUCGAUGCGUAUGUGGAUGGGGAGCAUCUGACCCGAGCCAUUUCCGACGGCCUCAUCAUAGCCUCCCCGACAGGCUCGACAGCUUAUUCACUCUCCGCCGGGGGCAGCAUUGUUCAUCCCUCCGUACAAUCUCUCCUCCUCACGCCCAUCUGCCCACGCUCCCUCUCCUUCCGUCCCCUUGUUCUACCAAGCGACACGACCGUCCAACUACGGGUAAGCCCUCAGUCUCGCAGCCCGGCAGAGAUUACCGUGGAUGGUAGAACGGGGAUGCUCAAGCCGGGACAAUACCUGCAGGUCUCGAUGAGUCCUUACCCCAUCCCGUGCGUAAAUCGGUCCCUCCCCAAGGAGAGGUGGGAGAACGAGGGGAAGGGGAAGAAAACGGCGAUACCCGACAUCCCUACUGGCAGCGGUGGUAGUGGGACAACGGAUAGAGGAGAGGAUGACUGGGUCAGGGAUAUCAAUCGGUUGCUCAGAUUCAAUGCUUCGUUC